UCAUUGGCUUCUUCAUCACUAUAGAGACUAAAACUGACCUUGAUCCAUCCAACGUUCCCUAUACUGACACGUGUAUCCAUCACAGUGUCGGCUAAAGCUCAAGGAACUCAUACCAAGAAAUACAUCAUCAUCUCUCAAUAAUCACAAACCGGAUCCGGAUCAAUUUGGAUCCAUCAGAUUUUCUUCGUUCCCUAACUCCUAAAAAGGAGAGAUUCUUCAAAUCCUUAUCACAACUUCAGUUUUUGCAUUCACCGUCGUGAGUGUUCUACUUUUGGUCAAGUAAUGGAGGUGAAUGAUGGUGAAAGAGUGGUAAUAGCAAAACCAGUUGCCUCAAGACCUUCUUCAAGUUCUGGCUUCAGGACAUUCACUGAGCUUCUUACUGAUUCAGUUACCGUAUCUCCGCAAACGACUUGCCACGAGAUUGUAGACGCUGCUAUAAGACCAAAGACUUUGAGAUUCAAUCAGCCAGUAGCAGCUUCGGUCUCAUGUCCACGGGCUGAAGUAAAAGGUAUUGGAAAUGGAAUGUCUUGUGAUGAUGAUUCAGAUAGCAGAAACUACGUCGUUUAUAAACCGAAAGCAAAGCUUGUCUCCAAAGCAACCGUCUCUGCAUUGGCUAAUAUGCUUCAGGGGAAUCGUCAACAAACUUGGAGACAAAGCGAAGCAGUAUCCUAUGGGAAGAGUGUGAGCCAAGGUACACAUCGAGCAGGUCCUAAUCUAGUCCAGAAAGUUCCAUCUUUUACGGAAUCAGAGACAUCUACUGGGGAUAGAUCUUCUGUGGAUGGAUACAACUGGAGGAAAUACGGACAGAAGCAAGUUAAAGGAAGUGAGUGUCCAAGGAGUUAUUACAAAUGCACACACCCGAAAUGUCCGGUGAAGAAGAAAGUAGAGAGAUCAGUGGAAGGUCAAGUUUCAGAGAUUGUGUAUCAAGGUGAACAUAAUCACUCAAAGCCAUCUUGUCCUCUUCCACGGCGUGCUUCAUCAUCAAUCUCUUCAGGGUUUCAAAAACCACCAAAAUCGAUUGCUUCUGAAGGAUCAAUGGGACAAGACCCUAACAAUAAUCUCUAUUCUCCUCUAUGGAACAAUCAAAGCAAUGACUCUACUCAAAACAGAACAGAGAAGAUGAGUGAAGGUUGUGUUAUUACACCAUUUGAGUUUGCUGUUCCAAGAUCGACAAAUUCAAAUCCCGGAACUUCAGAUUCCGGUUGCAAGAGUAGCCAAUGUGAUGAAGGAGAGCUUGAUGAUCCAAGCAGAAGCAAAAGAAGGAAGAACGAGAAGCAAUCUAGUGAAGCAGGAGUAUCGCAAGGCUCAGUGGAAUCAGACAGUCUUGAAGAUGGAUUCAGGUGGAGAAAGUAUGGACAAAAAGUGGUAGGAGGCAAUGCGUAUCCAAGAAGUUAUUACAGAUGCACAAGUGCUAAUUGCAGAGCAAGGAAACAUGUUGAACGAGCGAGUGAUGAUCCAAGAGCUUUCAUUACAACCUACGAGGGUAAACAUAAUCAUCAUUUGCUCUUGAGCCCUCCAUCUUCCUCUACUCUUCCCUUUAACUCCCCACAACUUUCUAAGCAAACAAUUUGAUUUGAUGAUCCAUUCAUGCUUUUUCUUUUUUCUUUUUCUUUUUUUGUUAAGAAUGAGAAAAAAGAAGAAGCAAAUGGUAAAUACAAUCACCAUUUGCUCUUCACUCACAACUUCCUAAGCAAAAGCCAUUUGAUCAAUUCAUGCCUGUUUCUUCAAUCUUUAUACCACAUUAGUUAAUUAAUCGUGUGAAUUUAUUUGUUUUUACAUUAAGAUUGUAAGGACAAGAAGAUUGAUGUUAUUUUAACAAAUCCAAAUAAAAACGUGUGUUAUAUUUUUUAGGGGUA